AUGGCUUCCAACGCACCUUUACAAAGCCAAGCCGCCCCAUCCGCGCCGCACCUAUCCUCAAUACCGAACCUCAAAGACCGUCUCCCCAAGCUCGAGCCCCGCAAACGGCGCACGCAGCCCUCCAACUCGACGCCCGUCCCCGCGACGCCUGCCCUCCCCGAGCAAAUCCCCGACAUAUCCAGCUGGACCUUUGAGACCCCCUCACGCCGCAUACUCUCCAAAAAGGACCACGAGCUCUUUUUGGCCUCGCCGUCGUACGACGUCAUUGUCGGGUGGAUAUUUGGCCUCGCCGAAGCCGUCGUUGACACGCCGUGCUCCGCGGCCGUUGCCCGCGACGCCGCCCUCAGCGAACCCGUCCAAACGCUGCUGCGCAUCCUCGACGAGGUCGAGUCUUUGACGCGGCAGUCACCGCCCGACGAGCAAGGCGGCUCGCGGUUCGGCAACAAGGCCUUUCAGGGCUUCGUCGACCUGGUGCGCGCGCGCUCCGACGGGUGGCACGCGCAGCUCGGCCUCGACAGCGGUGGCAGCAGCAGCAGCAGCAGCAGCAGCAGCAGCAGCGCCGCUGUCGCCGAAGCGUCCGCCUACCUCGUGCAGUCCUUUGGUAACCGCAAUCGCAUCGACUACGGCUCCGGGCACGAGCUCAACUUUGCCGUGUGGCUGCUGUGCCUGUACCGGCUGCGGGUGCUGCGCGCCGCCGACCUGCCCGCGCUCGUGCUGCGCGUCUUUGCGCGCUACCUUGCCGCCAUGCGCGCCGUCCAGAUGCUCUACUACCUCGAACCCGCCGGCUCCCACGGCGUCUGGGGCCUCGACGACUACCAGUUCCUGCCGUUCCUCUUUGGCGCCGCCCAGCUCCUCCACCACCCUUACAUCACCCCGCGCGCCAUCCACCACGACCUCACCCUCGAGGAGGCCGCCGCCGACUACCUCUACCUCGGCCAGGUCGCCUUUGUCAACAGCACAAAGACGGUCAAGGGCCUCCGCUGGCACAGCCCCAUGCUCGACGACAUCUCGUCGGCCAAGUCGUGGGCCAAGAUUGACGGCGGCAUGCGCCGCAUGUUUGUCGCCGAGAUUCUCGGCAAGCUCCCCGUCAUGCAGCACUUUUUGUUUGGCUCGCUGGUGCCGGCCGCCGACGGCAUGAGCGAGGAGAGCCAGGUUGCGGCAGCAGGGGGCGGUGAGCACCGCGAGGAAGAGGCAGGGCACGAGGGUCAUAGGCACGAUGCCAAGGGCUGGGAUGACUGCUGUGGCAUCAAGGUACCCAGUAGCAUAGCGGCCGCGCAGGAAAUCAAAAAAGCGGGAGGCGGUGAUUCGUUGCGCAGGAUCCCUUUUGAUUAG